AAUGAAGCCUCUCGUUAUUAGUACCCUUCUCAUUGCGGUCCUUGUUAAUGGUCAAGGAGAAGUUGGAGGAUGGGAUCCUGAUGUGUAUAACCACCAGCAAUUGUGAUUUGAAGAGCCUAGACAAUUUGACAAUAGGAUCUUCAGUUUAGCUGAAACGGAUAAUAUUUUGCUCAGAGGAUUUGAUAGAUGGAAUGCUGAGCUAUUGCUUAAGUACAUGGACAGCUUCUACCACUUAGGAAGUUCAGAGGCUAUUUCUGAUACCACUUCGUCUGGUGAAGUUGGGAGGCUUUACGAUACUAAAAUCAAUACAAUUACUUUGAUGGAGAAUACCACUCUUCCAAACACUCUCUUCAUUGGUUUUGGUGAAAAUGAUAACAAACAUGUGUCCAAAGACAACCUUUUAUCUUUCAAAAUGGUCAUUGCUAUCCAAAAGACUAAUCUAACAAAUUCAGUAAGUCUGAAAUCAGAUGGCUGGGCAGAUCUGAGCCUCAAGUCUGACGAAGCUCUUUGAUAUCAUUGCUCAAGCAAGAUAACUGAUCCAAUUCCAUGCAGACUAGAUAUUGCUUUGACAACUAUUUUUGGCUAUAGCAAGGUAAACACAGAAGCUUUGGUACAUUCAAAACUGAAUGCAUCUGAAAUGCUGACUUCCUUCAAUAGUACCUUAAAGGGAGAAAAUAUCUAUAAACUUGACUUCCUCAGCCGUAUUUUGUUCAGUCUGAUAGGCUUCGUGCCGGCUAUUGGGAUAUGUUUGAUCCCUAUUGGGCAUAAGUGCAAUUUGUACAAUAUUGAAAACGGAACUUUCACAGAGAAGGUUGUAUAUUUGAUAACGAGAAUGCCUUUUUACCUCUACGGGUGCUGUACAAUCAACUUCAUUUCGUUGGCUGUAGUUAAUUUUGAAAACUUUCAAAAUGUUUUAAUUGGCGCAAUAUUCUAUUUAUGCCUCAUACUGUAUUUCUUUGCUAUAUUUUAUGUGUUGCCCACCUGUGUAUUUAAUUGUCAAAAUUUAUUAAGUGGUCAAAAUAUUAAUGACGAGGAAACUAAAUACAUCUGGGGAACAAUAGUGUUAUCUUUCAUUGUAUUUGUUUUGUUCAUCAUAAUUCUUAUUGGUUACAAACUUAUGUUUCACAAAGUGACGUUUCUAGUGCUAAUGUGACUGCUGCCAGUGAGCUUUGUGUUCAACUUUAUACACCAAUCUACCUACCAUGAAAGCUUCUUUCACCUUAUUGUGGUCUCCUAUAUUACUUUAUUUCCAUUCACUCCUCUUGGGCCGUUCUACUUUCCUUCUGAUGACAAGCUUUGGGUGAUGUACUUCUUUGUAUCACAAUUGAUAAGUGUUGUGUUGAUCAACUUACAAGCCAAGUUUGGAAGCAGGUUCAUGCUACCUAACAGAUUGAGAAAGAGUUAUUACAAUACUUUUCAACAUGAGAUCCACAUCACAAUGAGAGAAGAAGACAUGAAAGAUGCUUGCAGCUUCUGCACCAAUUUGCUGACAGAGCCUGAAGUAGAGUACCAAGACUCAAAACAGAAGCUCAAAUUUAUAAGAAUGAAGAAUAGUAAACAGAUAUACUACAAACUAGAUUGAGGACACAAAUUCCAUCCUUAUUGCAUCCUUUCACAGCUUAAACAAAGCAGAGAAUGUCCUAUUUGAAAGCUGUAUGUUGGCAAAAACAGAUUCUUAGACUAAAUCAUUAUUCAA